AUGGUUAGGUAUUUUCCCAGCAAUGGCCAGACUGUCCUGCCACUCCAUCUUGGGUUCUUGCCGGACAACCCGGCCUCCCCCGGUGAGCUUAUUAUUACUCAAGCUUUCUCGGCCAGGCUUCCGGUGGUUUGCCGACAGGUUCACAGUAAACAACCAUUUGGAAUGUUCAGAGGCGAAAAUGCAAUGAACUAUGCAUUUUCAUCUUUCUUGCUCGAGGCAGUUCUUGUUAUUUUCUUCAUCAAAGCCACUUGCUUCAUCCUCCGACCUUUACGUCAACCUCGUAUCGUCUGUGAGAUCAUUGGUGGUAUGGUGGUAGGACCGUCCAUGCUUGGAGGAAGCCGUACUUUUAGUUACUACUUGUUCCCACCGAUCUCAAACUACAUAUUUACAAACUUGGGACUGCUGGGAUUCUUUUACUUCUUCUUUAUCACUGCGGCCAAAACCGACGUUGCAGCCAUUGCAAAGUCUCCAAAAAAGCACAAGUACAUUGCUGCCAUCAGCGUUCUCGUCCCAAUGGUCUGCGUUGGAGCCACAGGGAUGGCCAUGCGUGGCCAAAUGGAUAAAAACAUGGGGAGGCCUUCUUCCGUUGGAGGGAUUGCGUUUGCCUUGGCUUUUAGUUCUUUCCCUGUCAUCUACACCAUCUUAAGAGACAUGAACCUUCUCAACUCCGAGGUGGGCAAGUUCGCCAUGUCGGUGGCUCUUCUCGGAGACAUGGGAGCGAUCCUCGUGCUUGUUUCUUUCGAGGCUGCCAUUCAAGCUAACGUAGCAGGAGCCAAAGCUGCAGCCUACUACGUUGUAUCAGUCGCUAUAUUCAGUGCUUUUAUGAUUUUGGUUGUGAAACGAGCAUUUGAGUGGGUGGUCGACCAAACACCUCAGGGACAACACGUGGACCAAAACUACAUUGUCAUUAUUCUCAUGGGUGUUCUUGUUUCUUGUUUCUUAACGGACAUGCUUGGUUUAUUGAUAGGCACCGGACCUAUGUGGUAUGGGUUGAUAAUCCCUCAUGGUCCACCUUUGGGUUCCACGUUGGCUAUUCGGAGCGAGACUUUUAUACAUGAAUUUUCAAUGCCUUUCGCAUUUGGUUUGGUGGGACUCUACACAGAUGUUCACUUCCUUAGCGCUGAUGCUUGGGACCACCAACUCGCUCCUCUUGUCUACAUGACCACCGUUAGCUUCAUCACCAAGUUUAUCUCUGUGUUCGCCGCUGCCUUUUUCUUUAAAGUCCCUACUAGAGACAGUCUCACGCUUGGCCUGAUAAUGAACUUGAGAGGCCAACUCGAUAUCAUGCUCUACUUGCUUUGUUUGAGGAAACAUGUUAUCGGUGUACCCGGUUUUACUCUCUUGGUUUUGCAUACGAUUGUCGUAACAGCAAUAUCAACACCGCUCAUCAGCUUCCUCUAUGAUCCAAAUCGUCCUUACAGGAUCAGCAAGCACCGGACCAUCCAGCACACUCCACCAUCCACUGAGAUGGGUUUGGUUCUUGCCGUCUCCGGCCAUGAAGCCUUGUCUGGCUUGAUCACCUUCCUUGACUUUGCCUAUCCCACUACAAGUAGCCCCUUUUCUGUAUACGCUAUCCAGCUGGUGGAACUGAUGGGGAGAGCUACACCAGUUCUUAUGGACCACAAGAUACAAAAAGAGGAGGAAGACAAAGAGGAGGAGGAGGUAGAAGAAGGGCGAGUAGACCAGGUGCAAAGCGCCUUUAAGCUGUACCAGAAGAAGAGAGAUGAGUGUGUGAAGCUGCAUGCCUACACUGCUCAUGCACCAAAGCGUCUAAUGUACCAAGAUAUUUGCGAGCUGGCCUUGGCCAAGAAAACCGCUUUCAUUCUCUUACCUUAUCAACAAAAGCGUCUUCAAGACAGUGCACCUACCGAGCUACUUGACUCUGGCAUGCUGUCCGUGAACGCUGAUGUCUUGGCGUACACACCAUGCUCUGUAUGUAUCUAUUAUGGCAAGGGACGGCUUAGAAACGCCAAGGUUCGGUCCUCGGUUGACCAGCAACAAUCAAUUCAACCGAGCCGUGUGAGGCAACACACAUACCGUUUCGUGGUUCUGUUCUUAGGAGGAGCUGAUAACAGAGAAGCUCUGCAUCUGGCAGACAGGAUGACGGCAAACCCGGACAUAACCUUGACGAUAGUUAGGUUCUUGUCGUUCAACCACGAAGGAGAGGACGCGAGGGAGAAGAAGCUAGACGAUGGGGUGGUGACAUGGUUUUGGGUUAAAAAUGAAGGCAAUGAUAGGGUUAGUUAUAAGGAGGUUGUGGUCAAUAAUGGUGCGGAAACACUGGCUGCGAUCCAAGCAAUGAAUAUCAAUGACUACGAUCUAUGGAUAACAGGAAGGAGAGAAGGGAUCAACACAAAGAUUCUGGAAGGGCUUGAUGCAUGGAGCGGAGAUCACCAGCUUGGAGUCAUUGGAGAAACUGUUGCUGGGAGUAUAUUUGCAUCAGAAGGUUCGGUGUUGGUGGUGCAGCAACAGGUGAGGAAUCAAAAGGGUGGUGAUGGUUUCUUGAACGGCAAGUUUGAUUAUAAAAAGUUAGUUUCUCCCUGGUCAUGUAAUUAG